UGUUUCUAAAACACAAACAAGAGCAGCAGCAGCAGCAGCAGCAGACACACACUGAUACGCAGCAGCGACCGUUGGAGGCACAGGGGGAGAGGAAAAUUAAUAAAUAAAACACAAAGCGCCACUUUGUGAAGAGUACGAGUCUGUCGAAUUAAAACAAAGUUUACAGUGUUUUAAGAGACCAAUGCAUGCGAUGGUGUGGUAGCUCUUAAACAGUGAAGGGGUGCAAAGUGAGGAGGACAGGAAAUAGGAGUUACCUAGCGGGUCUCCGUCAAUCCACAUUUCAGCCGGAGCGAGACAAAAAAGGCACAGAGGGAGAGAAGGGAGAAGAGGAUCGCGCGUCGCAGCUGUUCCAGCAGCCCAUUUCAUUGUUUAUGCUGUCGUUUCUUUCCUGUAUUACUUUUUUGAUGAGUUGGUUUAUAUUUUUAACAUUAAUGUGAGAAAUAACUGCUGUUUAAAAAAAAACAAACAAAAAAACAACAAAAACAUUACUAGCAAGAGUAUUUUAUUUUCUUUCAUUGUCAAUUUCUGAGGUUCGUUUAGUUUCUUUUUUUUUUAUGUUUGACAACCUUUUUUCGGCUGUGAGUAGCAGGAGCUUCUGUUCUCCAAACAAUCACCGACCUCCUCCUUUACGUAAUUAGGGCCUGAAAACCUGAUAUUCCUCAAACACCUGAAACUGGCAGCUACUCUCUUUGUGUCUGUGUGUUUGGGGAGCUCUGUGACCACAGCUUAAGCACCACUCAGCCUUCUAGUCACCCAAGCCUAACUAAAGCCAGCCAGCUCUCACCUGGUCCAGCCCAGUCCAGCCUGCUCCGAUCACCUGGACAGGAUAUUCAAUUCUGUGUGGACAUAAGGAUAAUGACUGCUGAGACUCUUAACUUCGGCCCAGAAUGGCUCCGUGCACUGUCCAGUGGGGGGAGUGUCACUUCCCCCCCUCCUUCCCCCGCCAUGCCAAAGUACAAGCUGGCCGAGUACCGCUACGGCCGAGAGGAGAUGUUAGCACUUUAUAUCAAAGACAACAAGGUCCCAGAGGACAUGCAGGAUAAGGAGUUUACUGCUAUUCUGCAAGAUGAGCCCAUGCAGCCACUGGCACUGGUGCCGCUCACCGAGGAUGAGCAGAGGAACUUCUCAAUGUCUGUGAACAGUGUGGCAGUUAUGCGGCUCAUGGGAAAAGGGGCGUGCGGCGCUGCCCCGAGCGGAGUGGUCCGAGGACGAGGGGCUGCUCGAGGUGGUCGAGGCCGAGGCCGCGGCGAAGGUGGAUUCUACCAAAGAAGUAUUGAAGAUGCAGAGGUGGGAUUUGGCCGCAGUGUCCGAGAAAUACACCGCAGCCAGAGCUGGGACGACCGGGGUGAGCGACGUUUUGAGAAACCGCUACGUCGGGAGGUAGGGCGUCCUGGCUUUGAGGAGUCGGCCGGUCCAGGGGGGCCGGGGAGGAAAGAGUACACACGGGCCGACAGUGAUAACUGGCGUACUCUCCGAGAGGAGCAGGAGGAGGAUGAAGGAGAGCCAGGCAACAACUGGAGACUCGCUGGAUCCCGCAGGGAUGAUGGUGGUCCGCGCUCAGCAGGCUGGCGGGAUCACAGUGGUCCCGGUGAGAGUCGUCGCAGAAAAUUUGAUUUUGACUUUAGAGACUCGGAGGGUCACGGCAGUGGUCGCCGGCGUGCAGGCAGCGAUGGAUUGGAGGAUGACAGGGACGGUCUCCCAGAGUGGUGUACGGAUGAGGAGGAUGGGGGGAUGGGCACUUUUGACUCCUCUGGGGCUUUCAUGCCGAUCAAGAAGGGUGGCAAGGAGACAAUCCUGGAGGAGGAGUUGGACUUCCAGGGGAUUGAGGAGGAGGAGGAGGAGGAAGAGGAGAGCCUUGCAGACACAGAAGGGAGCAACACUGCAGGUGAUAAAGUCAAAGUAGAAAGUAAAGACUCUGGCUCAGUUGUGGGAGACGAUGAGGCAAAGCCAGCAUCACCAUCAUCCUCGCCUCCCUCCCACUGUACCUCUGCAGCCGUGGAACCCCAGCCCACUGCCGCCGGCCCGGUGGUGGACAGCCCUCAGCUCUGCAACAGCCACUCGGUUAAAGCCAGCAGUACGCCAAGUGAAGACCUGGCUCCAGUCGGGGGGCCCAAGGCCCAGCAGAACCCCAGUGCCCCCGUCUCCUCCAACCUGCCUCCCCCACCUCCCUCCUCUGCUCCUUCUCUCCACCCUCCAUCUGGAGGAGACCCCGAGGAUGAUGAGGGCAUGAAACACCUGCAGCAGGAGGCAGAGAAGCUGGUGGCCUCUCUGCAGGACACCUCUUUGGAGGAGGAGCAUUUUACCCAGGCUCUUCAGCAGCAGCAGGAGACCAGGAACACUGCUGCUGCUCUCCCGCUGUCACAUGAGGCUGCUAUGAAGUGGUUCUACAAAGACCCACAGGGAGAGAUCCAAGGUCCAUUCACCACGGUUGAGAUGUGCGAGUGGUUCCAGGCUGGCUACUUCAUCAUGACCCUGCUGGUGAAGCGGGGCUGUGACGAGGGCUUUCAGCCCCUGGGGGAUGUCAUCAAGAUGUGGGGCCGUGUACCUUUUGCCCCAGGGCCAUCCCCGCCGCCCCUGCUGGUGAGACAGCCGCCACCACCGCAGCGCCCGCAGCCCACCAGGGGGCCCGCCGGGACUGGAAACAUGGACCAGGAGCGCUUGAAGAAGCAACAGGAGAUGGCAGCAGCAGCUCUUUAUCAGCAGCUACAGCAGCAGCAGAUAUUCCAGCUCAUAAACAGGUGCAGUGAGCCGGGUAUGAUGCCUUCGGUGAACAGGUCGAUGUCAGUGCCAGAUACAGGGUCCAUGUGGGACAUGCAUACCUCAGCUUCACAGCCGACAGGCGGUGAAGCCAGUCUUUGGGACUUAAUGAAUCCUUCAACUCAGGGUCCAACUCUCGAACAGCUUCAAAAGCUCCAGCAGGAGAGGCGAGACGCUGAACUCAGGGCGAAACGUGAGGAGGAGGAGCAGCGGAAGAGGAGGGAGGAGAAGCGCAGGCAGCAGGAGGAACAAAAGCGGAGAGAAGAGGAGGAACUCUUCAGGCGCAAGCAGUGUCGUCAACAGCAGGAUCUGAUCAUGAAGUUGCUGCAGCAGACGCCCCAACAGCAGGGUCCUGGUGCAGGUGGCUCUGGAUGGAGCGGAGCGCCCUCUUCUGGGCUUACGAAGGCAGGGAAGCCCUCCACUUUGGCUCUGCUGGAAAUGCAGCAGGAGGCGGAGAGGCUUCUGAAGCAGCAGCAACAGAGAGCCCAGCAACAGAGAGACCGCCACUCUGGCAUGUCAGUAGGGGGUUCCUCUAUGGGAGGCCAGUGGGUGGAUGGUGUUGGCAUAUGGGGCGGGCCUGGUAGUAUGGAUGGUAAGGCUGGCAGUGGAGGCUCUGGAGGGAGCAUGGGCAUGUGGGACGAAGCCAUAAAAACCCAGGCCAGCCUCCGUGGCAGCAACAACAACUUGGGCUUGAAGAGCAGUCGGAGCAGCCCAUCACUCAGUGAUCAGUACAUGCUGCGUCGUAAGCGCACAGAGGAUGAGGAGAAGCUGCUGAAGCUUCUGCAGGGCAUGAAGCCUCAGGACGGCUUCACCACCUGGUGUGAACAGAUGCUGCACGCUCUCAACACCUCUGCCAACAACUCCUCCUCCUCACUGGACGUUGCCACAAUUGUGGCUUACCUGAAGGAGGUGGAGUCUCCCUAUGCAGUGCUGGAUUUCAUCCGGUCCUACCUAGGAGACACAGUGGAAGCCAAAGAGUUCGCCAAACAGUUCCUGGAGCGACGUGCCAAACAGAAAGCCAACCAACAGAGACAGCAGCAGCAGUUGUCAAAAGAAGUGGCUGGCUUGAACAUGAACUUCCCUCUGCAGGAUUCAAUGCGAGGUAUGAACCCAAACACCCUGCAGUCCAUGUUCCAGGCCAGCCACUUGAGCAAGGCUGGUCUCUAUGACAACCAGGGGGGAAAGAUGAAGAAAAAACAGCCCAUGAUGCUGCACUCUGACCCCAGCAUCUUAGGGUAUUCAUUCCACAAUGUGGGCGACUGCCUGAAUGAGAUGGAGAUGGUGGAGGAUUACUGAUGUUACGCAGCGCAGCAAUAGCUACCUGAGGCCUUCUGUCUUUUAAUCAGACAAACCUGAUGACGAAUGUGCACUGUUAGGGGAACAGGGGGGUGAAUGGGGCAGGGGGAUUGGGGGGUGUUAGGAAGGGAGCACGAGAACGUGAGGGGUAGUGCAGGGCGGAAACCAGCCCUUUCCUUCCCUCCAGAUAGCAAAAAGGGCUCCCUGCUGCACCAGUGGAUCACUCGAGCAGGGGAGGAUGGGUGAGCUUAGACUCUAGAUGGGUAUCCUCUGGCACUCAAGAUUAAGCACCUUACACUGAACUAAUGCACUUUAUUGAGAGGGGAUUUGAAUAAUUUUUUCUGUGUGUGUGUGUGUAUGUGAGCGCGCGUGUGAAUGGAACAUGUACUUGCAUGUUAAUUGCGUGCACGUGUGGAAACUGGAAGCGGGCGCCGAAAGAAUGCGUGAGGGGCGAAUGUCCGACAUGUUAAGUUUUCAACGUCAGGGGGACCUUUAGUUUGAAACCUUAUCACAGAGCAAAUCCUUUCUCGAAAGACAAACACUGUUGAUAUUUCUCUUGUUUAGCAUUUUUUUUUACGUUUAUAUAUACAUAUAUAAAGUAAAGCUAUUGAAAAUGGAUUAUAAGAAACUUGAAGAUUUGCACUUGCCUAAAAAAAA